GUACCGAGCCGGGUUGAGUGCGCGUAUAAACUUUCUAUCAGCUAAAUAUUGUCUGUUUGACAUUUAGCAUUGCCUUUAACGUCCUAAUCAUCCUCAAUCUGGGCAAUAAUUGAACGUUUUUUUAAAGUUUUUUUUAGCAUUAUUAAGGCCACCGUCGAGCAAUAAAGCAGUAAACUGUGUUUGGUGAAUUCUAACCUCUACAAGCUGAAGAUAGUGACAGAAUGGCAGAUUCCGGCUAAUAUAACUAGUGAAAUAUUGUGAUAAGGAUUAAACGCUCUUAAUACUCGAAAUAGUGCACUAUAAACUGCAACAUUUCUAUAAAUAAACGUUGUUUACAUUGUUGUUAAUUGUGAAAAGUGAACAAUAACCCCUAUCAGACAAAUCUGAAAGUGACAUGUCGAAAGUAAACAAUCGCUAGUUUAAAGGGCCAAAUGACGUGAAAAAGAAAAACAGCAGGCGCCGCCAUGAAGCGGUCCUUCCCUUUCUUCGUUUUCCUGGCCAUGUCGAUGGUCACGCAGAGGGCAACAGCAACUACAAAAGAAAUAGUCAGGACAUUUUCGGAUUUGAAAGUGCAGGCUUUUAACCAUCUUGUAAUCGAUAAAAACACGGGCCGCGUCUACAUCGGAGCUAUAAACCGAUUGUACCAACUAUCUCCCGACCUAGAUUCUGUGAUAACAGAGAUAACCGGUCCGAAACUGGACUCCGAUGAUUGCUCAGUCCUCGAAUGCAACAGCGCUAUAAAUAAGAAGCUCACAGACAACGUCAACAAGGCUCUAGUGAUCGAUUACACCACCUCCAGGCUAAUAUCUUGUGGGAGUCUCUCUCAAGGGAUUUGCUCGGUUAGACCUCUACAAAACAUAUCCGAAGGAAGUCAAGAAGUAAGGGAAGCCGUGGUGGCGAAUAACGCGACGGCCUCGACUGUAUCGUUUAUUGCUCCUGGGCCUCCAAAUCCCCCGGUAUCGCAAGUGAUGUAUGUCGGUGUGACCUUUACCCUAGGAUCUCCGUACAGGUCCGAAGUGCCAGCGGUCAGCAGUCGGUCUCUAGAUCGAGACAAAAUGUUUUCAAUAGCUCAAACAGCUGUAACGACAGGCACUAGGAUGUUUGUAAAUUCGCUAGCUAGAGAACGAUAUCCAAUUACCUACGUCUACGGAUUUGCUUCUGAAGGCUUCAGUUAUUUUCUAACAACCCAAAUGAAACAUACUACCUCCAGUCAAUACAUUAGUAAAUUAGUUAGGGUAUGUCACGAUGACGAAAACUACUACUCUUACACUGAGAUUCCGAUGGACUGUAUCAGCGAGGCUCAAGGAGGGAGAAAAUACAACUUAGUUCAGGCCGCGUAUGUGGGCAAAGCGGGUUCUGAUCUUGCCUCGGACUUAGGUAUCACAGCCCAAGACGAUGUUUUGUUUGCUGUGUUUAGUGAAAGUGAUGCUGUGAUUGCCAAUAAACCUUCCGAUUUGUCGGCGCUUUGCGUAUAUUCACUCAAAUCCAUUAGGCGGAAGUUUAUGCAGAACAUCAAGCAUUGCUUUAGCGGAAAGGGCCAACGAGGUCUUGACUUCAUCUCUCCCAGUCACCAGUGCGUUCCAACGAAACUACAAACAAUUGGCGAAGAUUUUUGUGGACUGGACGUUAAUACUCCCUUGGGUGGCGAACAACCAGUUUCAGCUGUACCAGUUCUUCUUUUUAACAUCCGUUUGACUGCCGUCGUUGCAACUUCCACUGGAGACUUCACUGUAGUCUUCAUUGGUUCAUCUAGUGGGCAUCUAAAAAAGGUUGUGGUCGAAUCAUCUACGUCUGCUUUAGAAUAUGGAGAUUUGGUCGUAGAAGAAGGAUCUCCUGUAAAUCCAGAUUUACACUUUGAUUCGCAGUCUAUGCAUCUCUAUGUGAUGACGGAAAAGAAGGUAUCAAAAGUUAAAGUUCAAGAAUGUACAGUUUACAGGAAUUGUUUGGAAUGCUUGGGAGUUAAAGACCCCUACUGCGGUUGGUGUUCACUAGAAAAUAAAUGUAGCUUACGUUCUGACUGUCAAGACGCUGCCAAAGAUCCUUUAUAUUGGAUCAGUUACAAAAGUGGAAGAUGCACAACUAUUACCUCAGUUAUUCCCAACCAGUUACAAAGAACAACAGCAAGAACGUUGGAUUUGGUAAUCGAUAAUUUACCAACUUUACAAGGACAUUUUUUGUGCGCCUUCACGGCUUUAGAUAAGACUUUAAUUACAAACGCUACAAGAAAGGGUUCUGGAGUAAAUUGCACAACACCAAGGACUGAUUCCUUACCAUCUAUACCACCAGCACAACAUCAUUUCACUGCCAAGCUCUCGGUUAGAAUGACUUCUGGGCCGGAUUUCGUAGCAACAAACUUCACUUUUUUCGACUGCAAUACUUACAGUUCCUGUACGCAGUGUGUAUCUUCGUCUUUUCCUUGUGACUGGUGUGUAGAUGGACAUAGAUGUACACAUGACACUGCCGAAAAUUGUAGAAACGACAUUCUAGUUACUGGCGUUAGUAGGGCAGGACCAAGUUACAGAUCAGGUCCAGGUUUUUGUCCGACAAUAAACGCCACGGUCGGAAAUUCGCCAGAAAUUUUAGUAGCUUCUGGAAUAAAGAAAGCUAUUAAAGUUAAGGUCCAUAUCAUCGGACAGUUUAUCGUUCAAACUAGAUUCGUAUGUCAAUUCAAUAUAGAAGGAAGAGUAACUAGCGUAAAUGCUCAACUACUAGGUGAUACUAUUUACUGUGAUGCCAUGGAAUUUUCCUACACAUCUAGAGCACCAAAUAUCACUGCUACUUUUGCUGUUAUUUGGGGAGGUUCAAAACCUUUGGAUAAUCCAGACAAUAUUCAUAUUGUAAUCUAUCGUUGUCGCGACAUGGCAGACAAUUGUGGAAUUUGUUUAGCACUAGCUGAAAAAUAUGACUGUGGUUGGUGCCAAAGUUCUGAUAGAUGCGAAGUCAAAGACCAGUGUGAAAAGGGAUCAGCUGUUUGGUUAAAUAGGAGCCAAACUUGUCCAAAUCCUGAAGUUACCUCCUUUAGUCCUGAAUUAGGACCUUGGGAAGGUGGCACCAAUAUAACUAUUAGAGGAAUCAAUCUGGGUAAAAAUUUCCAAGAUAUUUAUUCAGGCAUAAGUAUUGCUGGAAUAAACUGUCAGCCAUAUGAACACCUCUAUAUCAAAACAAAGCAAAUAACUUGUCAGGUUGAUGGACCAGGUACCAAGGAACUACGUCAAGGACCAGUUACAGUAAAAGUUGAAGACUACCGGGGUGAAUCAAAAACUCACUACAGAUUUGUUAAUCCUAACAUUACUGGAAUCUCACCUAAAUGUGGACCAAAAUCAGGAGGCACUAUGCUACAAAUCACAGGAGAAUAUAUGAACGCUGGUAGCAAUAUUCAAGCAUUUCUAGAUGAUCUUCCAUGCAGAAUUUUAUCUACUGAACAAAACCAGGCAUUGUGUAUUACCAGUUCAUCAAAUUCAACGUCCAAACGAAAAUUAAAAAUGAAAUUUGACAAAGGAGAUCGAUAUUUGGACAGCAUGAUGUUCGAAUAUGUAGAUGACCCUAUAAUUGAAUCUGCGGAAUCUGGAGUUGCCAGCCAAAUUAAAGUACCAAAAGGCAUUCCAGCUGGAGGCAUUAAAAUAUCAGUGACUGGUAGAAAUUUAGCUUUCAUACAAAAACCUCAAAUGUAUGUUUUUUAUGAACAAAAAAUGUUUAUAAGUGAAUGUACAGUUUUGAGUAACACUAGUAUGAACUGUCUUUCUCCAAUUAUCGAUGCCGCCGAAGAAGUCAAAUUAGAUGCAGAUAGUCCUUUGAAACUUGAAUAUGGUUUUCGUAUGGACAAUGUCACUGGCGUUCAGAAUCUCACUCUCAAUAAGGAUUUCAAUCCAUUCCUGUUGUACCCAAAUCCAAUAUUUAUACCAUUUGAAAAGGAAGUUAAAUAUUACAAGUCAGACUACUUAAACAUUAACGGUCAAAAUAUUGAUCGUGCCUGUCAAGAAUCAGAUGUCGAAGUCCUUAUUGGUAAAAGCACAUGCAAUGUGACCUCAUUAUCUCGACAGCAGUUAACGUGUCGACCUCCAGAGACCCAACCACCUGCUGUUAACGAUCAAGAUCAUCCCAAUAGUGAGGCAUUGCCUGAAGUGGUGGUGAUUGUUGGAGGUUCACUACGUUAUAACAUUGGAGUUCUCUCAUAUUCUUCGCCUCAAGGUCUAAAUGGUGCGAUCACAAAACCAACGCUGUAUAGUAUAAUUUGUGUCGCUGUCGCCAUCUUCAUAGUGUUCGUCUGUUUCCUAAUAGCCUACCGCAGAAAAUCGACAGAAAGUAACAGAGUGCUCAAGAAUAUGCAAGAACAAAUGGAUAUAUUGGAGCUGCGAGUAGCCGCUGAGUGCAAAGAAGCUUUUGCCGAGUUACAAACAGAAAUGACAGAUUUGACAGGCGAUUUAACCUCAGGUGGGAUACCUUUCCUGGAUUACAGGACUUAUGCUAUGAAGAUUUUGUUCCCUAACGUAGACGACCAUAUAGUUCUGCAAUGGGAAAGACCAGAAUUAUUGUGCAAGGAAAAAGGAUUGAGACUUUUUGGACAGUUAAUAAUGAACAAAACAUUUUUGCUACUUUUCAUAAGAACAUUGGAAAGCAACAGAUACUUCUCGAUGAGAGACAGAGUCAAUGUUGCUAGCCUAAUAAUGGUUACCUUACAAAGCAAAAUGGAGUACUGUACAGAUAUUCUUAAAACUCUCUUGGCGGAACUUAUAGAAAAAUGCAUGGAAGGCAAGAGUCAUCCUAAGUUGCUACUUCGUAGAACCGAGAGUGUCGCUGAGAAAAUGCUCAGUGCUUGGUUUACAUUCCUUCUUUACAAAUUUUUGAGAGAAUGUGCGGGAGAGCCUCUGUUUAUGCUAUUUAGGGCUGUGAAACAGCAGGUUGACAAAGGACCAGUAGAUGCUAUCACUUCAGAAGCACGAUAUUCUCUCAGCGAGGAAAAACUUAUAAGACAAUCAAUAGAUUUUAAGCCAAUGACGGUUUAUGUCUCCAUAUCUCAACAAACGGUAUUUGUUGGAGGCAUGGAUCAUAACACAGACAAUGUUCCUGUAAAAGUAUUAGAUUGUGAUACAAUUAGUCAGGUUAAAGAGAAAUCACUGGACACUAUUUACAGAGCAACACCUUAUUCACAGAGACCAAGAAAAGACGACUUAGAUCUAGAAUGGAGAACAGGUACUUCUGGAAGACUGAUUUUAUAUGAUGAAGAUAGUACUACUAAAGUAGAAGGAGAUUGGAAGAGAAGAAACACAUUGCAACAUUACAGAGUACCUGAUGGCGGAUGUCUAAAUUUAGUGUCCAAACAAAGUUCUAUUUAUAAUUUAAGUAUUUUCUCCGAGAAAAACGAUAAAUCUCACAAAUACGAAACGCUGAACCUCAGUAAAUUUAGUUCUGUAAGUCCCCCACUAAGUCGAGCCACUAGUCCAUUGAACCACGAUCAUGACCAAGGACUGAAAGCUUGGCAUCUUGUAAAGCAUCACGAUAACGAUAAUCAAAAAGAAGGCGAGAGAGGCAAUAAGAUGGUUUCCGAAAUUUACCUAACUAGGCUUUUAGCUACCAAAGGUACUUUACAGAAAUUCGUAGACGAUCUGUUCGAAACUAUCUUUAGCACGGCUCAUAGGGGAUCUGCGUUACCACUCGCCAUAAAGUAUAUGUUCGAUUUUCUGGAUGACCAAGCUUUACAACACGGAAUAUCAGAUCCUGAAGUAGUACAUACAUGGAAGAGUAACUCCUUGCCUCUUCGGUUCUGGGUGAAUCUUAUUAAGAAUCCCAAUUUCGUAUUCGAUAUACACAAGUCGAAUAUAGUAGAUUCAUGUUUAUCUGUUGUUGCUCAAACGUUUAUGGAUUCCUGUUCAACUUCUGAUCAUAGAUUAGGGAAGGAUUCACCCAGUUCGAAAUUACUGUAUGCAAAGGACAUUCCAUGUUAUAAGGAGUGGGUAGAGAGAUAUUAUUCUGAUAUUAAAAUGAUGCCUGCCAUAUCGGAUCAAGAUAUGAAUGCAAUGUUAGCAGAAGAUUCUAGGCUCCAUACAACGGAAUUUAACACAAAUUGCGCUCUUCACGAGCUAUACACGUACGCCAUGAAAUACAACGAGCAACUAACAGUUACCUUAGAGGAGGAUGAAUUCUCGCAGAAACAACGAUUGGCCUAUAAGUUGGAGCAGGUACACAACAUAAUGGCUGAGUCGGGACAGCCGUGAUACUGGCCUGACCUGACGUGCCCCCCUACUGACUCUCCUCUCUCUCCUGUAUUCCCGACGGCACCUCAGGAACUUGCCUGCUGAUAAACGUUUCAUGCCAAAUAUACAUAUCCAUCAUCAAAUAAAACUAUUUCUGUAUGUGUUACGAAUUGCUGUUGUGCAAUUAUUGUUCAGUGUAUUGUGGACCGGUGCUCACUCAGUGACUUCAAAGUGCCUCUGGUAGAUUGAGUGCGGUGCUGGCUCCUUAAAUGAGUGUAUUAUAUUUUUAUGAUAACACUAGAUUUAUGCUUUGCCGUGCUGAACGUCAGCGUUAUAGUCUAGGCCCGUUUUUCAGAAAAAGCCUUCCCCAAUCAGGUAAGCCACAUCUUAUAUCACUCUUUGCUAAUAUAUUUUCUGGGUGAUUUGAUGACACAUGAAUAGAGUUUCGUGAAUAAUAAUUGUUGGAUAAUGCCAAUUCGAUAAUGACCAAAGUUGCGAAAUUUAAAAUACAUGGCCAUAGGAAUUACAUUUUUAUUAUUAACAUUUUGGCUGUUUUUUAAUUUUUAUGUGGCUAUAUUUUUGAUUGGGUAUUUUUAUUUUCUAAACAUCAAAUUAUCCAAAAAAUUAUUAUCAAAGUAUUAUAAAGAAUGUUUCACAAAUGGUUUGGAAUAGUUUAAGAAUAUACAUAAUAGAAAAAAUUACUACUAGAAGUUCACAUAUAUUUUUAUCAUAGGGUGUUUAUUUUUUAAGUUAUUUGCCUUUAAUUAUUUGAUUAUAAUAAAAUUUUACUUUCCUCUCAAAGGUAAUGUGUAGAUUAUUUUUUUUAAACAAUGCUUUAUAAUGUAUCUCAUAAAUAAUGGCUUUUAUAUUGUCACUUCCUUAUAUAAAUAAGUUUUUCAUCGCAAUAAAUAUUGACGGCAAUGAAAUGAUAACAUAAUUUGGUAGUGCACAAAAGGAAUGUGGUUAUUUUUAAAUUUUAAGUAUUCCAUAAAAUUGAUUAAAAGUUUCAUAAAAAAAUAAGAAAGUAACACAGAAAUGUGUAUUUUAGAUUGAUUGGUGUCAAAAUUUUAAAAAUUAAUUAAAGGCGAUUAACUUCAAAGAUUUUUAGUGUAAUUUUUUUAAUUCUGCAUAUCUUUCAAAAAAUCCUGCCCAUUUGUGAUAUAGACUAGAUGUGAUGGAUGGGGCUUACAUGAAAUUUUUCAAAUAUUGGUCCUAGGCUAUUAGUCCAUAUUAUUGUCGAUAUUCACUGAAAUAUCCACUCUAACAAUGCUUUUUUGAUAUUUGUAAUAUGAUCGCAACUUUAUACAGUUUAAUAUUUUUGUAUUUAGUUGAAUACAAUCAUGAUGAUUGUCUUCCGCAAUGAAGGAAGCACCAGGGUGUAGUAUUUAAUUGCGACCUUUCAAUCAAUGGAUGUUUCAAAUCUAUACAUUACAUACUAUGCACAAGGUCGUAUCAAUGUUGUUUGUGUAUGUGUAAUAAGGCUGUGUACAUUUUCUUGUUUGUAAUAAAAACCAGUAUCUUCAGUUGCCACACUUAGAAUUUUUCAUGGACUACUGCCCUCUAAUGUCUAUCUGUUCCUCUUUAAGGCUGGCAGAAUUACAUUUUACAUUAUAUUUAUAUGAAAAUUAAAAAAAAUAUAUUUGGUGAAUAAAAAACUGUUGAUAUAAAUUUUGUAAAUAAAAUUUGCUAGACAGUCAAAUAAUAGGAUAGUAAAAGAAUAGGGUAUUAUAAAUUGGAAGUAUUAUUUUGAUUUUCAUUCAAAAAAAAAAAAAAAAAAAAUCAGCUAUACUGGGUUGAAAGUCGGUCAACAAAUAAUAAUCGCAAAAUAUAUUUUACUUGAUAUUAUUAUUUGGAAGGAUUCUACUACUAUAUACUGUCAAUUAAGUACUCUUUGGAAACAAGUAAAAAACAUUUUACUUCUUGGAAAAUAUAUAAUAAACAUACAAAUAUUUAUUUUUUGAUUGUAACCCAUAAAAGUGACAAAAUAUUUCAUUAUGAGUAAUCUGAAAUAUAUAAAAUUUGAAGGUGAUAUCUCUAUGAAAAAUUUAAUAAAAAAUGUAUUUUCCUUACUGACUUCAAUUCCAUGUACACAGUAAAAAGAUAUUGAUCUUCUAACACGUUUUGUGAGAGAUUAAAUUGCAUUUUAUGACAUUUUUAUGGCAGCAACAUUUACAUUUUAAACUGUAGCAACUAUACAUUAUAUAUAUUUUUUUUCAUUUGAUUAAAAAUAUGGUUAAAUAUUUUAAAUACAGGGUGUUGCACAUAUACAUUAUUUUAUACACGUUUAGCUUUUUCUUUAUUUCUUACCAGUUUUUAUUUAUAUUAUGUAUAUUAAAUUUUAUUUAAUUAAUUUCUAGUCUUAAAUUUUUUGAGUAAUUCUACCAGCCAACAUGUUUGCCUUCAUGUUCAAAUAUUUUAUUACCUUUUGUUAUGUGCAAUUUUAAGUCAUAAUUAUGAUUAGGUUUACUUUAUAUUUAUAAAACGCUGAAUGUUCCACUGCUUCUUCAAGUAUGUCAUUCCCAAGUGUGCAUUUAAAGCUAUUUUCUUAUUUAUAAAUAAAAUACUCAUUAUUGGUAAUUGAAUCAAAACAAAAAAUACUCGAAUGACUCUUCUGGGUUAAAAUAACAUUAGUACCAGUUGAAUUAAAAAAAAAUGUGGAUACGCUUUUAGGAAAAAUGUUUGUUUUGUUGUAGAUGCGAUCAAAAAGCAAACCUCGUGUUUUAAGUAUAAUUUCAAAACUGCUUUUAUUGUAUAUUUAUUAUUUUAACGAUAAGUCCUUAAAAGUUUGUUAUGUAAAUUUUUUGUUCCUUAAAAGAAUUCAUACAUACUGGGGAUGCUGUAUUUUUCAUAUUAACUAUCGAUAAGAUUUUUAAAAUAACUGAUGCAUUCCGUGUUAGUGAGAAAAUAUUUACUCAAUAAGUGAAACAUUCAGUUAAAGUACGGGGUUUUUUGAUCCCAGUUCCUUCUUCUCUUUCAAACAGUUAAAUAAUUUAAAUUAGUACUUCCUUUUUAAUAUCGAUUUUUUCCUUUAGAGUACAAUAUUUGAUAAAAAAUCAUUUGGUUGUAAUUAAUCUCAUCCCUAAGUUCUUAUUCAUAAAAUAUACACAGGGUGUUCAGAACUUACGUGUACCUGGAGCUACUACAGAUUUAUGGGCUCAAACUUGCCUAUAUACCAAUUUGCUUCGUUAGGCCGCUAGAAGUCAUCAAAGAUAAAUAGAAAUAUCUACUUUUUCUGUAAUUUCCAGGAUCCAGCCAUUUUAAGAGAUCAAACAUGGUAAAAAUACUAGGUGUUUUAUGGCCAAUUAAAAGCAGCAGCAAUAAUUUUUCUAUUGCGAUCAUAAGAUUCUCAUUUGGGGUAAGAUCAACAGACAUUUUUUUGUCACUUGUUUUCAUUUCUGGUAUUACAGUAGGAAACUAUUAGUUUUAAAUCAAAAAAUUACUCUUUUUUGAUGUCGUUAUGACAUCCCCAACUAUGAAAGAUGGUAUCUAUAAAAUAAAGAUUUGGUGCCUUCGACACCUAAAGGAAACUUGAGAUUAAAAAUAGUGUUUGAAAGAGAUGACAGGAUAAUUUUAUAAACUUCAUACUACUAAUUUUAACAUGUUUAUUUUAAAUAUUUUGAAGAUAUUAUUUUGAUAACUUUUUUUGUGAGUGGAUUCAAUGUUUAAAUGUUUUUAAAGAUAUUUUAUCUCUCCCUCAUUCCUAUGUCGUUUGAAGCGCGUAUAUAAUUCGGGCCGUCAUUUUUAUUUUGGUUUUUACUUUUCAUGUGCGCACCAUGUGUGAAAUGUAUUAUGAAGGAGUUGUAAUCACUAUCUCGGGAAAAAGUACUCAGAACAAAAGUUAUUUGAUUAUUGCGAUUUUUCUUGAGACAGUGAAAAUAAAUACGCAAUGGGAACAAUAACGUUUAAUUAUUAAUUAUUUUUAUCUUUUUAUCGGAAGGAAGAAGCAAAACUAAAUGAUCCUCUGCUUAAGAUGUCAUAAUUAUCAUAAAUUGAUGUGAUAUUGAUUGAUUGGAAUCAUUUAGAUAGACAUAAUCGUUAGUAAUGUGUAACUGAUAUUGUUAUAUUUUUUAAAUGUAAUUUUAUAUUCAAUGUAAAUGUCAUGUUAGUUUUCCUUUUUCCUUCUCAAACCUUUGUGUUUUUUCAAUUGACUUUUUAAUGAAAUGGUCAAAUGCCACCGUCCUGAAAAUUGGAACAAUGUAUCUCAACUUAGCUUUUUGACAGCUGCGCAUAACAAGUCCAGUUUUAAAACAGUUUUUUGUAUUUUUGUUUUAUAAGUCACAAGAUGUCACUAUUAAUUUGUAAUUAUUUAAGUUAUGUAUAUAAAAUUUUAUGCCAAAAAUGCUUCUGGACAAUUGCAUAGGAAGAUUUGUAAAUAUUAAAUGGGUGUACGUAUGUCCGUACAGAUGAAUGCAUUAAUGUUUGUAUGUUUGUACGCAUGAUACAUAUUUAUAGUAAUGUGUGUACAUUCGAUUAUGAAUGGUAAUGUACUACUCUAUGUUAUUAUAAAAGACUGAACGGAGUUACUAAAAUAAAUAGAAAACAC